GUCAAGCGCACUGAGUGAGGAACGAUAGAGUACAGUAAGUAGAUAGAUAGUGGGAUAGACGAGGUAAAGCAAGCCAACUUGGUCGCUCGCCUGCCUGCAUUCCUUCUCAAACCGAAACCUAUCCGCUGCGGUACAAGUCUAUGUUUGAAUCGCCGCAGCUCAGAAAGAACAAGCACAUUUUGAGAUAAAGUGUAUAUCGCGCAGGAGGAUCCUAUCAAACGAAGGAGUAACCGUGAGAGAAGCACGAGAUACGGAGACAUGGCUGCGACAACCUGUACACGUUUCACGGACGAUUUUCAGCUAUACGAAGAGCUGGGAAAGGGAGCGUUUUCAGUGGUGCGCAGAUGUGUCAAGCUGUGUAGUGGACAGGAGUAUGCCGCCAAAAUAAUCAACACCAAAAAGCUAUCUGCAAGAGACCACCAGAAGCUAGAGAGAGAGGCCCGUAUCUGUCGCCUACUCAAGCACUCCAACAUCGUCCGUCUCCAUGACAGUAUAUCAGAGGAAGGAUUCCACUACCUCCUGUUUGACUUGGUGACUGGAGGGGAGUUGUUUGAGGACAUCGUAGCCAGAGAGUACUACAGUGAGGCUGAUGCCAGUCAUUGCAUCCAGCAGAUCGUGGAGGCGGUGCUACACUGCCAUCAAAUGGGCGUGGUGCAUCGAGAUCUAAAGCCAGAGAAUCUGCUCCUAGCCAGCAAAUGCAAGAAUGCUGCCGUCAAGUUGGCCGACUUUGGCCUGGCCAUCGAGGUACAAGGAGAUCAGCAAGCCUGGUUUGGAUUUGCUGGUACACCGGGAUACCUGUCCCCUGAGGUACUGAGGAAGGAGGCAUAUGGCAAACCUGUGGACAUCUGGGCCUGCGGGGUGAUUCUGUAUAUCCUGCUAGUGGGCUACCCUCCCUUCUGGGAUGAGGACCAGCACAAACUGUACCAACAGAUCAAAGCUGGGGCCUACGAUUUUCCCUCUCCAGAGUGGGACACAGUCACUCCAGAGGCUAAGAACCUGAUUAACCAGAUGUUGACCAUCAACCCUGCCAAGAGGAUCACCGCCCAGGAGGCCCUCAAACACCCAUGGGUCUGCCAACGUUCUACAGUGGCGUCCAUGAUGCACAGACAGGAGACAGUGGAGUGCCUGAAGAAGUUCAACGCCCGGAGGAAACUCAAGGGGGCCGUUCUCACUGCUAUGCUGGUUUCCCGGAACUUCUCUGUGGGCGCUCGUUCCGCCACCGCUCCAAUCAGUGUCAGUGCAGCAGCAGCAGCAGCAGCAGCCGCAGCAGCGGGCACCACCGGUGGGCUGGUGGAACAAGCAGCCAAGAGUUUGCUCAACAAGAAGGCAGAUGUCAAGCCCCAGACACCACAGACCAACAGCACCAAAAACAGCAUAGUCACCAGCCCCAAAGGAAACGUCCCUACUCCUGUUCUGGAGGCUCAGACCACUGUUAUCCAUAAUCCAAUGGAUGGAACUAAGGAAUCAACUGACAGCAGUACCACUGUGGAGGAUGAGGAUGUGAAAGCCACUAAGCUGCCAGACCUGUUUGGCGUUGUACGCAGGGCGUCAGGGCCCAUGUCUGACAGGGAGGGGGGCACCAGCACACCCCCUCCAGUUGCCCCAUCCACCGCCUCCCCACCCAUGGCACACACCCCCAUGCAGCUAUCCCGUCUCUCAGACCUAGUGAGCAAUGUUCGCCGGUCGUCCGCCCCAUCCUCAGCCCCCACUCCACCUGCGCCCGCCGAGGCGGAGGUGGUACCAGCUCCCAGGCCCACCCCCCACCCAUCACACCCCACCUCCCCUCCUCCCCCCAUGUCCCUCUCCAGCCUCACCCUCACCUCUCAGACACGUAAACAAGACAUCAUUAAGAUCACUGAACAGCUGAUCCAGGCUGUCAACAAUGGAGACUUUGAGGCAUACGCUAAGAUCUGUGAUCCUGGUCUGACCUCCUUUGAACCCGAGGCCCUGGGAAACCUGGUGGAGGGAAUGGACUUCCACAGAUUCUAUUUUGAGAACCUUCUGUCUAAGAACAGUAAACCUAUCCACACCACCAUCCUCAACCCCCACGUCCACCUGAUUGGAGAGGACGCUGCCUGCAUCGCCUACAUCCGACUCACCCAAUUUGUCGACGGCCUGGGCCAUCCACGCUCCAGCCAAUCAGAGGAGACUAGGGUGUGGCACCGCCGGGACUCCAAGUGGCAGAACGUCCACUUCCACUGCUCGGGCGCUCCCGCUGCGCCUCUCCAGUGAUGUACGUGAGGAGGAGAAUGCCAAAGCCAUGUCUGACAAGAGUGCUCUGCUGGAGAGAGGGAGGGAGGGAGGCGGAGAACAUGUCCAGUGUUGGGUGGCUCUAAUCCUGCAGCACCAGACCUCUCGCACACCGGAUACCCAGCAUGCAUCUCUUCUCUACAACUACCGCCCCCUUGUCUGUCGCCGUCUGCCACUGUACCCACUGACAACACCAUCUCAACAACCAACCAACCAACCAACUAACAACCCCAACCCACUGUACCCACUGACAACACCAUCUCAACAACCAACCAACCAUCCAUCCAUCCAUCCAUCCAACAACAGCAACCCACUCUACCCACUGACAACACCAUCUCAACAACCAACCAACCAUCCAUCCAACAACAACCCCAACCCACUGUACCACUGACAACACCAUCUCAACAACCAACCAACCAUCCAACAACCCCAACCCACUGUACCCACUGACAACACCAUCUCAACAACCAACCAACCAACCAUACAUCCAUCCAACAACAGCAACCCUCUUCUCACCGCAACCCCAACCCACUGUACCCACUGACAACACCAUCUCAACAACCAACCAACCAACCAACCAUCCAUCCAACAACAGCAACCCUCUUCUCACCGCAACCCCAACCCACUGUUAACUCACGGUUAACCCACAGUCAACUCACUGUCAGCCCUCCCCCAACCCAACCUCUCCAACUCUCCCCUCGCCACACUAACGCCCAGUAUUACGAUUUGGGCAGGGAGUGUAUUGAGGGUGUGUGUGUUAGGGGAGUAUUGGGGUGUUUUCUCGUCCUCGGUGUGCGUUUGAUUCUUCCUCUUUUGUCUCAUGAUGUCCCCUCUUCCUCUUCCCAUCUAAACCUGUGUUGUGUAACACAGGAAAUACAUGAUAUUAGUUAAGUUAAGUAAAAAUCUAUUAUAAUCAUUGUUAUCAUUAUUAUUACUACUAUUACACAAUUUAAGUAAAUAAUUUGUAUAAUUCUAAUUCUUAAUGAUAGUGGUUUCUAGAGUUUCUAGAUAGAGAAACUAUCUUUUAAGGAAGCAUGAUGUUUUUCGAUAUUUGGCUGUUUUUUAUUGUGGCUAUUACGUGACAAAAUGAUAUUGGCAGUUUUUGUUUAAGCUUCUUGUAUGUUAUCUAUUAUAUUAUACUCAGCCCAAGAUCAUGUUCAAGAAAUCAACUUUUUUUUGUGAGGGGUGUGUUUGACGAGGUGUCAAGAGUGGAAACUGCAUCACUACUGAGGUCCUGCAGGGAGCCGUGCCCAGGGCUGUCCUCACUGAUGCCUGUUUAAUAUGUGGAGGGGACCUUAAUGGAGAGGUAACAGGCAGGCUGUUGGAUGACUAUUGUAUGUAUGUGUGGACUGGAGAGAUGUGGGCCUCUGCGAUCUGCAGGUGGAAGGUGUUUUAAGCCAUGAGAUCACAUGGAUGAAUGCGUGUGUUUAUUUUGUAUACACCUUGACUCUCUGUCCUGUGGUCUCUGUAGUUGCUGCUCAUUUUAGAGUGGAGAGUUGUGACUGAGGUGUGACAGGGUAUGCAGAGGAGUGUGUGUAUGUGGGAGAGCCCCUGUUGUUGGUGUUCCAGAUGAGAGAGAGGCAAGUUAGGAGAGGAAGGCUUUAUUUCAGCGGUUCUUUCAGUCCUCUGCCUUCAGUCAAGGACUUAUUUUUCUUAUGAUUUAAUGAUCUUUUUAUGUAUAUUAUAUUUUCACAUUUGUAAUAUCAUCCUCAUUGACUUGUUACUAUCUAGUGUUAUUGACUUCUGUUACUACUAAUCACCGUGUUUGUGCCAAGGCCAACAGAGAUGGACAGAUGGAUUUAUACACGAUAGAUAGCUUCAUACACACAUGUACUUUAGCAGUGAGGAUGUGUCGCUCUCUGAAGAGACAUCGCCACAGGACUAUUUCUCUUUAACGAACAGGUGUGAGGUUUUCUCCUGACGCCGUCCCACCGUAGUCGUUAUGCCUGCCUGUGAUUGGCUGCCUUAGGUGUCUUGUCGCUUUUGGGCAGGCAAUUUUUUUAGCGAAGCCAUCACAUUGGACAGUCAGACGGUCACCCGGUUGGUUAGUCCUCAGGUUUAUAUUUAUUUAUUUAUUUGGUUGGAUAGUUUAAAGUGCAUUUACUUUAGUUUCUCCCUCAGGUUCACGUCUGAUUACUCUCUGUUGAUUUAUGAUUUUAGUGGAGGUUCCCUAGUUGAAAGAAGAAGGCUUCAUUGUAUGUCGAGCUAACCAAACACGUGACCCCUCCUCCUCCCCCCUCCAGGAAAAACAAGAGAAAGCCGUGUGUACAAAGGUGCUGUUGUGUUCUUCUUUGUGUGUUUACUAGCAGGGAAAAUCUAUAUAAAAAGAAGAAGCAUAUUUAAAAAGGGGUGAGUAUACAGUAUUACACAACCACUAUUAACUAGUAUCUUAGGGGGGAGUAUACAGUAUUACACAACCACUAUUAACUAGUAUCUUAGGGGGGAGUAUACAGUAUUACACAACCACUAUUAACUAGUAUCUUAGGGGGGAGUAUACAGUAUUACACAACCACUAUUAACUAGUAUCUUAGGGAGGAGUAUACAGUAUUACACAACCACUAUUAACUAGUAUCUUAGGGGGGAGUAUACAGUAUUACACAACCACUAUUAACUAGUAUCUUAGGGGGGAGUAUACAGUAUUACACAACCACUAUUAACUAGUAUCUUAGGGAGAAGUAUACAGUAUUACACAACCACUAUUAACUAGUAUCUUAGGGGGGAGUAUACAGUAUUACACAACCACUAUUAACUAGUAUCUUAGGGGGGAGUAUACAGUAUUACACAACCACUAUUAACUAGUAUCUUAGGGAGGAGUAUACAGUAUUACACAACCACUAUUAACUAGUAUCUUAGGGGGGAGUAUACAGUAUUACACAACCACUAUUAACUAGUAUCUUAGGGGGGAGUAUACAGUAUUACACAACCACUAUUAACUAGUAUCUUAGGGGGGAGUAUACAGUAUUACACAACCACUAUUAACUAGUAUCUUAGGGAGGAGUAUACAGUAUUACACAACCACUAUUAACUAGUAUCUUAGGGGGGAGUAUACAGUAUUACACAACCACUAUUAACUAGUAUCUUAGGGAGGAGUAUACAGUAUUACACAACCACUAUUAACUAGUAUCUUAGGGGGGAGUAUACAGUAUUACACAACCACUAUUAACUAGUAUCUUAGGGGGGAGUAUACAGUAUUACACAACCACUAUUAACUAGUAUCUUAGGGAGGAGUAUACAGUAUUACACAACCACUAUUAACUAGUAUCUUAGGGGGGAGUAUACAGUAUUACAGAACCACUAUUAACUAGUAUCUUAGGGGGGAGUAUACAGUAUUACAGAACCACUAUUAACUAGUAUCUUAGGGAGGAGUAUACAGUAUUACACAACCACUAUUAACUAGUAUCUUAGGGAGGAGUAUACAGUAUUACACAACCACUAUUAACUAGUAUCUUAGGGAGGAGUAUACAGUAUUACACAACCACUAUUAACUAGUAUCUUAGGGGGGAGUAUACAGUAUUACACAACCACUAUUAACUAGUAUCUUAGGGAGAAGUAUACAGUAUUACACAACCACUAUUAACUAGUAUCUUAGGGAGGAGUAUACAGUAUUACACAACCACUAUUAACUAGUAUCUUAGGGAGAAGUAUACAGUAUUACACAACCACUAUUAACUAGUAUCUUAGGGAGGAGUAUACAGUAUUACACAACCACUAUUAACUAGUAUCUUAGGGAGAAGUAUACAGUAUUACACAACCACUAUUAACUAGUAUCUUAGGGAGGAGUAUACAGUAUUACACAACCACUAUUAACUAGUAUCUUAGGGAGGAGUAUACAGUAUUACACAACCACUAUUAACUAGUAUCUUAGGGGGGAGUAUACAGUAUUACACAACCACUAUUAACUAGUAUCUUAGGGAGGAGUAUACAGUAUUACACAACCACUAUUAACUAGUAUCUUAGGGAGGAGUAUACAGUAUUACACAACCACUAUUAACUAGUAUCUUAGGGGGGAGUAUACAGUAUUACACAACCACUAUUAACUAGUAUCUUAGGGAGGAGUAUACAGUAUUACACAACCACUAUUAACUAGUAUCUUAGGGGAGAGUAUACAGUAUUACACAACCACUAUUAACUAGUAUCUUAGGGAGGAGUAUACAGUAUUACACAACCACUAUUAACUAGUAUCUUAGGGAGAAGUAUACAGUAUUACACAACCACUAUUAACUAGUAUCUUUGGGGGGAGUAUACAGUAUUACACAACCACUAUUAACUAGUAUCUUAGGGGGGAGUAUACAGUAUUACACAACCACUAUUAACUAGUAUCUUAAGGAGGAGUAUACAGUAUUACACAACCACUAUUAACUAGUAUCUUAGGGAGAAGUAUACAGUAUUACACAACCACUAUUAACUAGUAUCUUUGGGGGGAGUAUACAGUAUUACAGAACCACUAUUAACUAGUAUCUCAGGGUGGAGUAUACAGUAUUACACAACCACUAUUAACUAGUAUCUUAGGGGAGAGUAUACAGUAUUACAGAACCACUAUUAACUAGUAUCUUAGGGGGGAGUAUACAGUAUUACAGAACCACUAUUAACUAGUAUCUUAGGGGGGAGUAUACAGUAUUACAGAACCACUAUUAACUAGUAUCUUAGGGGGGAGUAUACAGUAUUGCAGAACCACUAUUAACUAGUAUCUUAGGGGGGAGUAUACAGUAUUACAGAACCACUAUUAACUAGUAUCUUAGGGGGGAGUAUACAGUAUUGCAGAACCACUAUUAACUAGUAUCUUAGGGGGGAGUAUACAGUAUUACAGAACCACUAUUAACUAGUAUCUUAGCUGGCAUUUCUUUGCAUGACGACACUAGUUUAGGUGUUUGUCUCUUCUUCUCUUUCUAAUUUUCUACUGAAUGUUGGAAUACUAAACCUCUAUCUAUUCAUCUUAGCUUUUAAAAACCAUACAACUAUUGUCUCGAGAUGAUAGAUAUCAAAGAUAGAUGAAUAUGAUAAGGCUACAAUGAUGGUGAUGAUGAUGAUGGCAGUGAUGAUGAAGAUGAUGACAAUUAAGAUGAAGGUGAUGGUGAUGAUGAACAUGUAAUGAAGAUUCUACAGCAUGCUUUUAUAUGGGUCUGAAUGUUAAAUAUGGCUUACUUUUCUACAGAGGAGAAAGUGCAUCAUGCAUUGAUGUCAGUGGGAGACUAAGUGAACAUGUGAGUGGAAGUUAUGAUUCAACCUAUUUUGAGAGGAACAGUACUCCAUACUUUUUCACCAGGAGGCAUAAAGAAUGUUCCAUUGUUGAGCCACUAGAGGUCACUCUCACGUGUAAUGAAGCACAACUAGCUGAUCUGGGGUCAGAUUAGUCUCAGGUUGUAAAUCACUGUGGCUGCUGAAGUAACUACCCUUUAAGCAAACUGUUAGCAAUCAGCUCUAAUAGACUUCAGAGGGAAGAACACACUAGAAACGUUCAUACUUCUAAAUACAAAGUGCACAUUCUACAUCAGUAGGUGAUUAUGUUAGUGGAAUUGGAAAUGUGUUUUCACUGCAUUUUGAUGUCCAACUUUUUAAGCGACUUCAAGCUUCUUCCAGUGUACUAAUCAGUUGAUAAAUAUGAUGUAAUAUAAACAUGUGUUAGUAUGGACUGCAGAGGUAGAGAGAGGAAGUGUUGUGGUCUUUAUGAAACUCCUCUACCCCCCCCCCCCCCACUCCAUCCGUCCAGUGACCAGACCACCUCCACUGACAACACUGAGUUAGUGUAUCUCUGUAGUAUUUAUUUAACUAUUUUCAACGUCUCUCUGUUUAAAAACCUUAUUCAAUCAUUUAUCUACAGUUGACUCUACAUAUUUUCCCUGACUUGUUCUCUUUGUAUCAGUUUGGGUUUCUUCUGUAGAAUAUAUUUAUCCUAGAUUUCUCUACUUCUUCUGGUUAUGAUGAUCCGUACUUCAACAUGCUACCCGUGUUUCUCUAACUUAAGGAAAUGUGUUAAGGUGUUACCAAUAAAAUGAGAAUUUAAAUAAAGUUACACUUCUCUUUCUCUUUGA